AUGACGCCCCCACGCACAACGCUGCUGCCCUCCUGCCGCCGGCGCGCGUCUCCGAGCGCGGCCAUCCCCUGCGUGCAUCCCGGCCAAGAACUUUCAUUGUUGAGGUUCCUCAGUGCUGAACUAACAAGAGGGUACUUCCUUGAACAUAAUGAGGCCAAGUACACAGAACGAAGAGAAAGAGUGUACACUUGUAUGCGAAUACCAAGAGAAUUGGAAAAGCUCAUGGUGUUUGGCAUCUUCCUGUGCCUGGAUGCGUUCCUCUACGUCUUCACCCUGCUCCCCCUGAGGGUUUUCCUGGCGCUGUUUCGCCUCUUCACGUUGCCUUGUUACGGCUUAAGGGACAGGCGCUUGCUCCAGCCGGCCCAGGUGUGUGACAUUUUCAAGGGUGUCAUUCUGGUCAUCUGCUACUUCAUGAUGCACUAUGUGGACUACUCCAUGAUGUACCACCUGAUCCGAGGGCAGUCUGUCAUCAAGCUCUACAUCAUCUACAACAUGCUGGAGGUAGCUGAUCGCCUGUUUUCAUCAUUUGGACAAGAUAUAUUGGACGCGCUCUACUGGACAGCAACAGAGCCGAAAGAAAGAAAGAGAGCCCACAUCGGGGUCAUCCCACACUUUUUCAUGGCCGUCCUCUAUGUCUUUUUACAUGCGAUUCUUAUAAUGGUUCAAGCAACAACCCUCAAUGUAGCUUUCAACUCCCACAACAAGUCACUGCUUACUAUCAUGAUGUCUAAUAAUUUUGUUGAAAUUAAAGGCAGUGUUUUCAAGAAGUUUGAAAAGAACAAUCUCUUCCAAAUGUCCAAUAGCGAUAUUAAGGAACGAUUCACAAAUUAUGUACUUUUACUAAUAGUGUGUCUAAGAAACAUGGAACAAUUUUCUUGGAAUCCAGAUCACCUCUGGGUGCUAUUUCCAGAUGUCUGUAUGGUGAUUGCAUCAGAAAUCGCCGUGGACAUUGUCAAACAUGCUUUCAUCACCAAGUUCAACGACAUUACUGCCGACGUGUACAGUGAGUACAGGGCCAGCCUGGCUUUUGACCUCGUCAGCAGCCGGCAGAAAAACGCGUACACUGAUUACAGCGACUCCGUGGCUCGCCGGAUGGGCUUCAUCCCUCUGCCGCUGGCCGUGCUACUCAUCCGAGUGGUAACGAGCUCCAUUAAAGUGCAAGGAAUCCUGUCCUAUGCCUGCGUCGUUCUCUUCUAUUUGGGGUUGAUCUCCCUGAAAGUACUGAACAGCAUUGUGCUGCUGGGGAAGUCCUGCCAGUAUGUGAAGGAGGCCAAAAUGGAAGAGAAACUGUUCAACCCGCCCCCGACAGGCACUCCGGGCCGACCGCCCAGCCAGGCGCAGAGCAGAAGUAAACCACCUCAAGGCCUUGUCUCCGAAGAAACGCUGUCAGCAUCUGUCACCAGCCAGCCACCCCACCCGAAGGAAAAUGUCGUCCCUCUUCUAGUGACCAGCAACUCCGACCAGUUUCUGACCACUCCAGACGGUGACGACAAGGACAUCACACAGGAAAACCCCGAACUGAAACACAGGUCCUCAAAGAAAGAUCUGCUGGAGAUAGACAGGUUCACGAUCUGUGGGAACCGGAUUGACUGAGCCCCAGGCCGUGUGCGCGCCAGCCACUCAGCCCUGGGCAGCAGACACUAGCCUCGCCACCGGGCACUAAAAUAUUUAUUUAAAAACUUAAAUUAUUCACAGCGAGCAAAUAUUCGGCUCUCUCUUCCAGCAGUGCAGUCGGGGUGAGGGCCCCAACUUUGGCUCCGGGGGAGAGAUGGAGGGUUAGGAAGACGCCCCCACUUGCCAUGCGGCAGGACGCUUCCAGGAGCAGCACCGCAUUCUGGAAAUGGCUAGUCCGCCCCGGCCGCUUCAGUAUCAGGACACACCUGGAAAACUGUGAAGCUCCACCGUCCCAGCCUCACACCACGUCCACACACGAUUUCAGACCUUCCCUCAUCUGCCAAAGCAGUAAAGCAAUCCGUAGACUUCCAGGAGCUGUCCGACCACCACCCCGAUCCUUUGAAGAUGUAUCCCAGCUCCUCAGAAUAAAAGGCUACCUUACUAA